AGAAAGGAAGAGUAGCCCCCCGACGAGAGCAGCAUCAUCUUUUGAUUGUGUGUAGCACGUGUGACGGUGUUCGGCGGUUCUGCGGAGACGUACCACGUUGAUUGUACUCUCGUUCUCUCUUCAUUUCGUUUACUGUCCGUAAGAGUCAUCGCCCUUUCUGCCCCUCUGCCCACGAAAAGCACCCUUUUCCCUCCAUAACAUCAACCAGGUAGAGAAGAGCAAGGAAGCGUGGGAGAAGGAAAUCAAAAAAUGCUGCGCAGUUUUCUUCGCCCUGAAGUAGACGGGAAGGUCGAGCCGGCAGGAAACGCCGGCGCACAUUCGCACUGCAGCAAGACGGAGCGCGCCCCACCUUGUGCCACUGAUGCGGAGAGCCACCGCUUCAACGACGCAGAGGAAGGCGAGGAAAAUGCCGCAUUCUCGGCGGACGACGCUCAUAACCAGCAUGCCGCUGCCGCUGCCGCUGCGGACAACACAAAAAAACCCUCACUGCCUGUGAGUAGCACGUACAAGGAAUCCUCCCUCCUCUUUCCGACCGCGAACCCCUUCACUUUCGAGCCAAAGGUGCAGGUGCCGUACGCGUACAAGCGUGGCCGCAUGCCGCGCGACGUCGAGAUUGAGCGGCGGCGCCGUCUCUACGACAGCCAGAACGUGAAUCACCUCUUAGAGGUGAGUGGGUUGACGUGGGGUUUGCUGGCACGACGCAGCGCGCGAAGUUUACCGCUGGAGAUAUUCGAUGACACGACCUACGACUGCCGCAACCCGUCCGAGUGGAUGGCGAUGGCGGCGAGCGCGGCUACACCGGCCGCCCGCUUCCUGCCCGCCGAGGGCGUCUUUCACCGCGAGGACACCGACACCUUCGAGCUGCGUCCCUGCCGGGUGGUGGGUUGGGCGGAGGAUACAAACACGCUGCAGCUACACUGGGGUGCCACCGACGAGGACAGUCUGUUUUCGGCCGCCGACGCCCAUCCAGCGGCCGCGUCUGCCGUGUCAACGACGGCGGCCGUCCCCCUCCCUCGCAUCUUUGUGCGCUUCAUGGCUGAGGACCCGGUCCUCUACGUACAGCGCCUCAUUCACGCCCACACGCAGCGCCACAAGGCGACCUCGUGGAUCAUCUACCGCCUGUGCUGUGACUCGAUGCCGGUGACAAACCUAGAGGAGCUGGACGCGGGCUUGGCGGAGCGGCUGCGCUACUUGGGCACCGACAUCCCCCAGCUGAGCUCGGCGGCCUUCCCGGAGGUGGCGGACCGAGUGGAGCGUCUUGUCUCUGAGAUCACGCUGGAGUGGAAGCGCAGCCAUAACCGUCUGCUGCUGCACGAUCGCAUUACAAAGGAUCCAUCUGUGGGCCGCAUGGUGAGCAACUCAACCCACAUGGACCCGGAGGAGCUUCAGCAGGGGCCGAACGUGGCCGUCGACCGCAGCGAGCUAGGGGACCCUGCGACGGUGAUCGCGGUCGAGGACGACAAUUUCUGUUUCGCCGAUCGCGAGGAGGCGUUCACCUUUGGCACUUACUUCACUCAGCCUGAAGUUGUCCAGGCUUUGACCGGCGUGCGCCGUGAGUGCAUGAAGGUGCUGGAGGGAUCACUGUUUGACCUGCCAAAGGAGCGUCAGCUGCCGCUGGCGGUUUUUGCGCAGCGCCAAAAGGAUCACCUUGCCCGCACCUCACGCCACCUCAAGGAGGAGUGGAUGCCGCACAUGUGCGAGACGAUCGUCGCCAGCUUCCAGUCGGCCGGCAAAGGUUGGCUGAACAUCCGCGAAGCGAAACAGAACAUCUAUGAAAUGUCGAAGCUGAAGAAGUUCUUCACAACCGUGCGGUUUAUGAUGGAGGAUACUCUUUUCCAGCUCGUCUACAACUCGCUACAGUCGUUCACCGACUUCUUCGAGGAGGUGACGGACUUCACGGUGACGGUGGAGGACAUGAACAACGUCAAGAACGCGUGGCCGGGCAGCGACGCCGACGACUGUGUGGAGAAGCAGCCCCUCUUCACGAUUGACCUCGUCGAGGCGGACGGCCACUUUUCCUACUCCAUCUCGUUUGCGGACUUCGAGGGCGCCAUCGUGGAGCUCUUCAACGCCGCCAUCGUCUGCACCGAGUCGGUCCCGCAGGUGGAGCGCUACGUCAUGACGCAGUACUUCUGGAGCCGCGACGGCGACGGCCCUUUUCUCGACUCCGUCAAGAAGGAGGAGGAGCACGUGUGCGCGCUGCGCGAGCGGGUGCAGACGGCAGUGCGGAAUUCACUGGUUCCGCUGCAGACGUACCUGAACACCUACGACGAGCUGCUCCCCCUCAUCCGCCUGGAUCAGGCGCAGUUUGUGAAGGAGUACGCGGAGGCCGGGCAUAGCAUGGAGGAGAUGAAGGAGGAGAUUGCGCAGCAUCUGCGCGCCAAAAAGUCGCUGGCUGGGCGACUGCCUCUGUUUUUAACCGUGGGUAACUUUGUCGUCGAUUGCCAAUCCUUCAGCUACUUGAUGUCCAUGAAGGAGGAGGAGCUGGCGAAGCUGGUGAUGCGGCUGAUCGGCAAGACCGGCAAGGAUGAGGCAGUGUACGUGCGCAACGAGUUCACGCGUCUCUUGCAAACCAUCGAGAAGACGCCGCAGAGCCCGGAGAAGUUGUUCGAGCUGCUGAGCUUCAUGGACACCAUCGGCGAUCAGGUGACGGACCUGACGGAGCACAUCGCGGAGGUGCGGCAGUGCUACACCAUUCUCGACGGCUUCCAGUUCGAGCUGACGGACGACGAGUCGCGCCUCAAGUGGGAGGCGAUUGGGUGGCCGCGCCAGCUGGCCCUGCGCAGUCACGCGGUGCGCAAGCAGCUGGAGCAGGUGCACGAGGAGCUGCACUCAGGUCUGCAGAAGCGCCAGGAGGAGUUUUCGAAGCGGGUGGAGCAGCUGCAGCGCGUCGUGGCGACCUUCUCCAAGCACACGGACGCCGCGGAGGCGGACAAGGUGGCUGCCGAGGUGAAGACGCACAACAUCGAGAUCCGCCAAUGCAUCGAGGAGGCCCGCGCCCUCAACGGCGACCAGCGCCUCUUCGGCGACAAGCUCUCCGACUACCGCAACGUGUUCGAGCUGGACAAGGAGUUCAAGCCGUACAGCGACCUCUGGCUCACCACCUACACGUGGCAGGAGUCGUACCGCCGCUGGCACACCGACGCCUUCACGACCCUCGACGCGGCUGAAAUCGAAGCCACGGUCGCGUCCGCCUCCAAAACGAUGGCGACGCUCUCCAGGACCUUCAAGGAUAAGGAUGCCAUGCUGCGCAUUGUCGAAGGUGUGAAGUCCAGUGUGGAGCAGUUCAAGCCGUGGGUGCCGAUUUUGUCUUCCUUGCGCCACCAUGGCAUGAAAGAGCGCCACUGGACGGGCCUUUCCGAGAAGCUGGGCAUGGCUCUCGUGCCGGGGGACACACUCAUGGUGCUCGAGGACUGCGCGCCGCUGCUGGCCCACCACGAAGCCGUCAUCCGGUAUUGCGAGGUGGCGGCGAAGGAAUCGCAGAUUGAGACGGCACUGAAGGAGAUGCGCGCCAAGUGGGAGUCGAAGUCCUUCAUCAUCGAGCAGUACAAGGAGACCGGGACGUACAUCUUGAAGGACACCUCCGACGUGGUGGAACUGCUGGACGAGCACCUGAACCUGACCCAGCAGUUGCAGUUCUCGCCUUUCAAGGCGUACUUUGAAGAGGCCAUCACCGACUGGGAGCGCUCGCUUAAUCUGAUCUCCGACACGCUCGAGCAGUGGCUGGAGUGCCAGCGCGCGUGGCGCUAUCUCGAGCCCAUCCUGAACUCCGAGGACAUCGCGAUGCAGCUGCCGCGCCUCUCCGCGCUUUUUGAGAAGGUGGACCGCACGUGGCGGCGGAUCAUGGGCAACGCACAUUCGCAGCCGAACGUGUUGGAGUACUGCAUUGGCACGAGCAAGCUGCUCGACCACCUGCGCGAGGCGAACCGCCUGCUUGAGGAGGUGCAGCGCGGCCUCAACGACUAUCUGGCGGACAAGCGGCAGACCUUCCCGCGCUUCUAUUUUCUGUCCGACGAGGAGCUGCUGGAGAUUUUGUCGCAGGCGAAGGAGGUGCGCCGCAUCGACGCGAACAUCAGCAAGCUCUUCGAGAACAUCCAGCGUCUACAGUGGAACAACGUCGGUCCGGUCAAGGACACGGCGGACAGCGGCAACAGCAGCACCAACUCAACCGCUGUCGCAAUGGCAGAGGAGGCGGCGGGGGCGAAGAAGGGCGGCGGGGAGCCGGAGGGGACUGCGGUUGCUGCGUCGGCUGCGGUCGACGGCGCCGUCGACACCAUCACCGGCUUCUACAGUGUGGAGGGGGAGUACAUCGCGGCUGUCACGCCCGUGGUGCCGCUGGGCAACGUGGAGGACUGGCUCAAGUUGGUGGAGAAGAUGAUGAAGGACAGCGUGCACGCACAGGUAAAGGAAGCUGUGGACGCCUACCUCAGCACGCGGCGCAGCGAGUGGGUGCUGCAGUGGCCGGCGCAGGCGGUCAUCGCCGUGGCGCAGGUGUACUGGACGCACGGCUGCGAGGAGGCGCUCGCAACGAAAGGCACUGUGGACGACUUCGCCAAGGUCCUGGACAAGCAACUGCGGCAGCUGGUCGAGGUGGUGCAGUCGCCCCUGACGGCGGUGCAGCAGAUUAACAUGGGUGCCCUCAUCACCAUCGAGGUGCACGCCAAGGACACGGUGGACAACAUGCAGGCCGACAAGGUCUCCAAUAUCCAAUCGUUUGAGUGGAUCAAGCAGCUGCGCUUCUACUUCGAGCAGAGCGACAAUCUGUGCCACAUCCGCCAGGUCGACGCGAGCUUCGUGUACGGCGGUGAGUACCUGGGCAACACGGCCCGCCUCGUCGUCACGCCGCUGACGGACCGCAUUUAUCUGACGCUGACGGGAGCGUUGGCGCUCUGCCUCGGCGGUGCCCCUGCCGGUCCCGCCGGCACUGGCAAGACGGAAACGACGAAAGAUCUCGCAAAAGCGCUGGCGAAGCAGUGCGUGGUCUUCAACUGCCAGGAGGGCAUGACGUACCUUUCGAUGGGUAAGUUCUUUAAAGGGCUGGCGUGGACGGGUGCGUGGGCCUGCUUCGACGAGUUCAACCGUAUCGACGUGGAGGUGCUGUCUGUGGUGGCGCAGCAGGUAACCGAUCUUCAGCAGGCGUGCUCGACGAAGCAGUACCGAAUUCUCUUCGAGGAGAGCGACAUCGUGGUGGACCCGACGCACGCGGUCUUCAUCACCAUGAACCCCGGCUACGCCGGUCGUACGGAGCUGCCGGACAACUUGAAGGUACUCUUCCGCCCUGUCGCGUGCAUGGUGCCCGACUACGCCAUGAUCGGCGAAAUCCGUCUCUUCUCUUACGGCUACCUGAAGGCACGUGCCUUGGCGCAGAAGAUGGUGAUGACCUUCAAACUCAGCUCCGAGCAGCUGUCCUCGCAGGACCACUACGAUUUCGGUAUGCGUGCCGUGAACACCGUUAUUUCUGCCGCAGGCUUGAACAAGCGCGAGUGCCCGGACGGCGACGAGGACGAGCUGCUGCUCCGUGCGCUGCGUGACUCCAACGUGCCGAAGUUUCUGAAGGACGACACUCUUUUGUUCGAGGGCAUCAUCUCCGACUUGUUCCCCGGCAUCGCCCUCCCCAGCAGCGACUACGGCGUCAUGACGCAGGCCCUCGCGACGGUCAUCACUGGCGCGCAACAACAGGCCGUGCCUGCCUUCGUGCACAAGUGUUUGCAGCUGUACGACAUCACCACCCUGCGCCACGGUUUGAUGCUCGUGGGCCCUGCCGGCAGCGGCAAGACGACCGCCUUUACGGCCCUGCAGCGCGCGCUGUCGGACUGCGCGGCGCGACAGAGCAAAGGCGAGAACGUCGGCGGGCGCAGCUUUCAGAAGGUCUACACGCACAUCUGCAACCCCAAGUCGGUCACGAUGGACCAGCUCUACGGCGCCUACGACGAAAACGGGGAGUGGAAGGACGGCGUGCUGUGCGUGCUCUUCCGCUGCGCCGCCCGGUACGGCGACGAAGGCAACAUGAUCGGUAAGCACUGGGUCAUGUUCGAUGGCCCUGUCGAUGCGCUGUGGAUCGAGUCGAUGAACACCGUGCUGGAUGAGAACAAGAAGCUCUGCCUCGUGUCGGGCGAGAUUAUCCAGAUGAACCGCGAUAUGACGAUGAUGUUCGAGGUGGAGGACUUGGCGGUGGCCUCCCCCGCCACCGUAUCGCGCUGUGGUAUGAUCUACCUCGACCCCGCCACCUGCGUGCCGAUCUCCGCCCUCAUCGCCAGCUGGGCGGCGUCGCUGCCGGCGUACAUGGACACCCAGCGGGAGCAGCUGUCUCAACUCGCCUCACUUUACGUGGCGGAGCUGGUUGAGUUUGUCCGCGGCGGCGCCGUUCGGGAGUACGUGGCGUCGAACACCAGCGGUCUCGUGCGUGCCUUCUUCCGGAUGAUGGAUGGCUACGUGAAGAGCCUCGAGAAGGCGGCGAGUGGACCGGAGCAGGCCGGCUUCCUCGGCGAGGUCGUGCUGCCCCUCUUCUUCUUCUCGCUUGUCUGGAGCGUCGGCGCUACCUGCGAUGAGGAGGGCCGUCAGCUCUUUGCCGCGAAGCUGCGUGAGAUGGCCGCGGUGAAUGGGCACGUGGCGUACCUGCCAGCGGUGGAGGAGGACGAUGGCAGCAACCGCAACAGCAGCAGCAGUGGCUUUUUAUAUGAUUACUGUUACCGCUACGAUAUCAACGCAGGGACGGCUGGAGAUGAAGGGGCGGCCGCAGAAAUCGGUGGAGGCGGCGAUGGAAAGACGAACGGAGCCGCCGCUGCAGCACCGGCGGGCAGGUGGGUGCACUGGAUGCAAGACACUCCGAUCUUUAACAUUCCCACCGGCACCCGUUUUGAUGACAUCCUCGUCCCGACGAUUGACAGCACUCGACAGAACUACAUUCUGCACCAUUUGAUGUCGUCUAAGGUGAACGUGGCGGCGGUGGGCCCGACAGGCACGGGCAAGUCGAUCGCGCUGGCCAGGCUUGUGCUGGGCGGUGGGAUGCCGAGCAGCUUCCUCGGGCUGAACUUCACCUUUUCCGCACAGACGAAGUGCACCGUUCUGCAGGCUUCCAUGAUGGCCAAGUUUGACAAGCGCCGCUCGCACGUCUACGGCGCACCGGUCGGGAAGCACUUCCUCAUUUUCAUUGAUGACGCCAACUUACCGCAGCCGGAGAAAUUUGGGGCGCAGCCUCCUUUGGAGCUGCUGCGCCAGAUGCUUGCCCAGGGCGGCUUCUACACCUUCACCGGCGGCAUCAAGUGGUCAUCCAUCAUUGACUGCUCCUUGGCUCUCGCCAUGGGGCCGCCUGGUGGCGGCCGCAGCCGGAUCUCUAACCGCCUCAUGCGCUACUUCAACUACCUUGCCUUCCCGGAGAUGUCGGACGUGUCGAAGCGCACCAUCCUCCACGCGAUCCUCUCCGGCAUGCUGAUGCAGCGUGGCCUGAUGGAGGAGUUCAGCGCCGUUUCCUCCUCCAUGGUCGACAGCACGCUGCGCGUGUUCACCAAAUGCAUCCAGACCUACUUGCCCACGCCGGCGCACGUGCAUUACUCUUUCAACAUGCGUGACGUCAUGCGCGUCUUUCCGAUGCUCUACGCUGCCGACAAGAGCGUGCUUCAGUCGGAGACAUCCUUUGUGCGGCUGUGGAUGCACGAGACACAGCGCGUCUUCUACGAUCGCCUCAUCAACGACAGUGAUAAGAGUCAGUUCAUCGAGUUCCUUGACGAGGAGCUGGAGACCAUGGGCGUCGACGGCACCUAUCCGGAGAUCGUCGCGGCGGACCGGCUCAUUUUUGGCGACAUGCUGAGCAGCAAGGACGUCUAUGAGCAGAUCACGGACAUGCACACCCUCACCACCGGCAUGAACGGCUUUCUUGAAACCUACAACGAAGAAAACGAGGCGAAGAUGAAUUUGGUGCUCUUCCUCGACGCCAUCGAGCACGUGUGCCGCAUCUGCCGUGUGCUGAAGCAGCCGAACGGCCACUGCCUUCUGCUCGGCGUCGGCGGCUCGGGGCGCAAGUCUCUCACCCGCCUCGCGUGCUCGCUGAUUCCCGAGAUGGAGAUCUUCACGAUUGAGCUGACGAAGAACUACGGCGUGAAAGACUGGCACGAAAGCCUGGCGAAGCUGCUGCUGGAGUGCGGCAAGGAUGAGAAGAAGUGCACGUUUCUCUUUUCAGACACCCAGCUUGUGCACCCGAUUUUCUUAGAGGACGUGGCGGGCUUGCUGACCUCUGGCGAUGUGCCAAACCUGUUUGAGGACCAAGACCUCGAGCUGAUCAACGACAAAUUUCGCGGCGUCUGCAUCAGCGAGAACCUGCCCACUACCAAGGUGUCCGUGUACGCCCGCUUCGUGAAGGAGGCGCGCGCCAACUUGCACCUCGUGCUCGCCUUCUCGCCGAUCGGGGAGGCCUUCCGCAACCGUCUGCGCAUGUUUCCUGCGCUCAUCGCGUGCUGCACCAUCGACUGGUUUGCCGAGUGGCCAUCCGAGGCGCUGCUGUCGGUGGCAACGGCGCAGCUGACCGCCGUCGACGCCACGACCACCAGCAGCAGCAACAACACGCGCGGCGGGGGCCAGGAGGAGGAGGAGAUCAACUCCGAGACGGCGGCGGCGCUGGCGGACUCCUUCCAAGGCGUCCACCUCCUCGCUGCCGAAGUGACGGAACGCUUCUUCACCGAGACACGGCGGCGCUCCUACGUGACACCGACGUCCUAUCUGACUCUGCUGUCCAACUUCAAGCUGAUGGUCGCGGCGAAGCGGCGGUUCAUCCACGAGCAGCGCGGCCGGCUUGAAAAGGGCCUCGAGAAGCUGCGAGAGACGGAGGCGCAGGUGGCGGGCCUGGAGGCGCAGCUGAAGGCGCAGCAGCCCGUGCUGGAGGCGAAGAAGGUGGAGAUUCAGGCGAUGAUGGAGCGGCUGACGGUGGACCGCAAGGACGCCGCGGUGACGGAGACGGCAGCCCGCAAGGAGGAGGCGGAGGCGUCGACCAAGGCCGAGGAGUGCGCGGCGAUGCGGCGCGAGUGUGCGGAUCGCCUGGCCGAGGCGGAGCCCGCGCUGAUUGAGGCGGUGAAGGUGCUGUCCAAGAUCAAGGCGGCGGAGAUUUCGGAGCUGAACAAGUACACCAACCCGCCGAAAGGUGUGCAGUACGUGAUGGAGGCCGUUGCCCUUCUGUUGACAUUUGGCAACUGCCCAAAGGAGUUCUACACGGGCCCACCCGGGGGACGCAAGGUCCCGGACUGGUGGCUCUGCGCCAAGUCCUACAUGAAGGACGCAAAUCGCCUGCUCGACGUGCUCGUGCAGCCGCCGGAGAAGGGCGGCUUCAACCGCGACGCGAUGGACAUGGCGCUGAUGGACAAGGUGCGCGUCUACUACGACAACGAGGAGUUCCAGCCAGAAAAGGUGAAAACCGUCUCACUGCCGUGCAUGGCCAUGUGCCAGUGGGUGCGGGCCAUGUACAAGUGGUUCUUCGUCAACCGCGAAAUCCAACCCCUGCGCGAGAGGCUAGCGGCGGCUGAGGCGGAGCUCGCGGUGGUGACGGAGGCGCUGCACACGACUCAGGCGACGCUCGAUCGCGUCGUGGCCUCCGUCGCGGCCCUCGAGCGAGAGUACAACGAGGCCGUGGACACGCAGGCGGCGCUGGAGGCGGAGGUGGAGGCGACCUCGCGGAAGCUGAACCGUGCGGGCCGGCUCAUUGACGGCCUCGGCGGCGAGAAGACGCGUUGGGUGCGCCUGGUGGAGAAGUACGAGGAGCAGGAGCGGUAUGUGGUGGGGGACAUGGUGGUGGCUGCGGCGACGGUGGCCUACUGCGGGCCGCUCACGGCGCCCUACCGGCAGGAGUUGCGACAGCGGUGGAAGGCGCAGCUCUCCUCCGCCGGCGUGGAGACGAGCACCGAGUUCGACCUCGUCUCCACCUCCGGCGACGCCGUGAAGAUUCAGGAGUGGCAGCUGUGCGGCCUGCCGACGGACGGCCUUUCCACCGAGAACGCCAUCAUCCUCGCCAACUCGCGCAACUGGCCGCUGCUGAUCGACCCACAGGGGCAGGCCAACACGUGGGUGCGGAACAUCCACAAGAACGAUAACCUGCAGAUCUGCAAGGCCUCGAAUGACAAGUUCAUGAAGACGGUGGAGAACGCGAUCCGUCUGGGGCUGCCGUGUCUCGUCGAGAACGUUGGGGAGUCGCUGGACGCCGCGCUGGAGCCGGUUCUUCUGCAGAACAUCUUCAUGAUCGGCAGCAUGCCGCACGUCCGCAUCGGCGACAGCGCUAUCCCGUACGACAACAACUUCAAGCUCUACCUGACGACGAAGUUGCCGAACCCGACCUACACGCCGGAGACGAUCGUCACGGUGUCGCUGCUAAACUUCUUCAUCACCCCCAGUGGACUGGAGGAGCAGCUGUUGGGCAAGACGGUGGAGAAGGAGCGCAACGACCUGGAGCAGGAGAAGCAGCGCCUCACCCGGUCCAACGCCGAGAAGAACCGCGAACUGAAGAACCUGCAGGAGAACAUUCUCGUUCUGCUCGAGGAGGCGGAGGGCGACAUCCUCGAGCAGGAGGAGCUGAUCAUCACGCUGGAGAAGAGCAAGGCCAAGUCCACCGAAAUCAACGAGGAGCUCGGGAAGGCGAAGGAGACGGAGCGGGUGAUUGACGAGACGCGUAAUCGCUACCGCCCACACGCCGAGCGCGGCUCGCUGCUCUUCUUCUGCGCCUCGCAGCUCGCCAUCGUUGACCCCAUGUAUCAGUUUUCGCUGCAGUGGUUCAUGAACCUGUUCCUGAACACCGUCGACAAUGCCGAGCAGCCGGUGGCGGCCGAGGACGGAGAGGGAGACGUGACAAGUGACGGCCGCAACCUUGUAGAGGUGCGCGUGCAGAACCUGAUGGACUACUUCACCUACUCCUUCUACAGCAACGUCUGCCGCUCCCUCUUCGAGAAGCACAAGCUGACCUUCUCCUUCUACCUCUGCACCAGCCUGGUGCAGCACCGCGGCGAGAUGGUGGAGUCGGAGUACCGCUACCUUCUCACCGGGCCGACGGGCAGCGUGCCGGCAAACGCGAUGGCCAACCCGGCCCCGUCCUGGCUCACGGACAGCAGCUGGGCGGAGAUUCUCUUUUUGCAUGCCCACCUUCCCACCUUCGCCGGCUUUGCCGAUCACGUGCAGGCGAACAUCGAACACUACCGCGCCCUCUUCGACAGCAACGAGGCGGACACCUACCCGCUGGCGGCCGAGUGGGCGGAGAAGGCGACCCCGCUGCAGCGACUUGUCAUUGUGCGCUGCUUCCGCAUGGACAAGGUCGCCCCGGCGAUUCAGCACUACGUGGAGCACUUCAUGGGUGAGCGCUACAUCAUCGUGCCGCAGUUCGACCUGAUGGACGCGUACAAGGACAGCGACUGCCUGACGCCGCUCAUUUUCAUCAACUCCGCCGGGUCAGACCCGAUGAACGACUUGCUGCGCUUUGCAGAGACGAUGCGGAUGUCGAAGCGGCUGGACAAGGUGUCGCUGGGUCAGGGCCAGGGCAAGAAGGCGGAGGAGCUUAUUUCCAGCGGGCGUGAGCGAGGGCAGUGGAUUCUGCUGCAAAACUGUCAUUUGGCCUCGUCGUGGAUGCCGACGUUGGAGUCCAUCGUGGAGAGCUUCACGGUGGAGACGGUGAAGAAGGAGUUCCGCCUCUGGCUCACCUCGAUGCCGUCCUCCAGCUUCCCGGUGUCGGUGCUGCAGAUUGCCGUGAAGAUGACAAACGAGCCGCCGAUGGGGCUGCGGGCGAACGUGACGCGGUCGUACUACGGCUUCACCGCCCAGGAUCUCGAGGAGGAGGCAAAGCCGGUCGAGUUUAAGAAGUUUGUCUUCGCCCUCUGCCUCUUCCACGGCGUCAUUCAAGAGCGACGUAAGUUCGGCUCGCUCGGCUUCAACAUCGCCUACGAGUUCAACGACUCCGACCGCAACGUGUGUCUACUGCAGCUGCGCAAGUUCCUGCCCAUGUACGACACCAUCCCCUACGACGUGCUGAAGUUCCUGACGGGCGAGAUCAACUACGGCGGCCGUGUGACGGACGAUUGGGAUCGUCGGUGCCUGAUGACGCUCAUUCAGCACUUCAUCAACCCCGGAGUGCUGGAGAACGGCUACGCCUUCUCGCCCUCAACGCUGUACCACACCAUCGUACCAGGAAACCGCAAGCAGUACCUCGAUUACCUCGACUCCUGGCCGCUGAACCCGCAGCCGGAGGUCUUCGGCCUGCACGAAAACGCCGACAUUACCUGCGCGCAGAACACCACACACAGCAUUCUGUCGACCGUGCUCUCCCUGGAGUCGCGCGGCGGGGCCGGCGCGUCGGCCAGCUCGCGAGAGCACCUGCUCACGGAGACCGCGGCAGAGAUCGCAUCGAAGCUGCCGCCGCCUUUCGACACAGCCGCCUUCAGCACCAAAUACCCCACAAAGUACGAGGAGUCGAUGAACACGGUGCUCGUGCAGGAAGCCGGCCGCUACAACCGGUUGCUGCGCUUUAUCCACACGAACCUGUCCGAGUUCAUGAAGGCCGUGCGGGGCGAGGUGGUGAUGUCGGCUGAGCUGGAGGCGGUCGGGGAGAGUUUCUUUGUGAACAGCGUGCCGGCGUCGUGGAGCGCGCUGGCGUACCCGUCGCUGAAGCCGCUGUCGAACUGGCUGGACGACCUGGUGCGGCGCACGCGCUUCAUUGUGGACUGGUAUGAGCAGGGGCCGCCGGCCGCCUUCUGGUUCGGCGGCUUCUUCUUCCCGCAAGCGUUUCUUACGGGCACGCUGCAGAAUUACGCGCGGCAGGUGCACGAGGCCAUCGACCGCAUCUCCUUCGAAUUUCAGCUGCAGUCGCCGUCGGUGCAACCCGCAACCGCGCCGCGACCGGAAAAGGGGGCGCUUGUGUACGGCAUGUACAUGGAGGGCGCGCGCUGGGACGCGGAGCAGCACAGUCUGGCCGAGUCUCGCCCCAAGGAGUUGUAUGUGGAGAUGCCGAUGAUGCUGCUGGAUCCGGUGGUGAACCGCACCCGCAACCCACGGGACUACGUGUGCCCCGUGUACAAGACCCUCACCCGGGCAGGCACCCUCAGCACCACGGGUCACUCAACCAACUUUGUACUGCCGGUUGAGAUUCCCACGACAGUGGCGCCGUCGCACUGGAUCGAGCGUGGCGUCGCCUGCAUCGUCUCGUUAAACUAUUAG